AUGUCGUUCUAUCAGUAUCAGAGGGCAGCAUUAUUGGAGCUCAUCAAGAAGCACAAUGUUGACUCGAGAUACAAAGGACAUAAGAAUGUUUUCAACACGACCCGCAACUACAACUCAAAUCAAGAUCUGUCCUUCUGUCAAGCGUUGCUCACCGCGCUUACUCCAAAGUUCACGAGAGGUCACCAAUCCAAGUUGGACAGCCGCUCUAACGCCGCCGACACUGGAGACAAGGGUGUAGGGGCACCCGCGGGUAACAAGAAUGCUGUUCAACCGAACACAGGGAACGCUGGUAGUGCUUCCACAACCACACAGGACCAGCACUCUGUCCAAGAGCCAUCAACCCAAGGUCCAUCAAACAAGAAGCUAGAUACCUCAAGCCUCAAGUUGUUUGCCAAGGCAUAUCCAUGUAUGAGAAGGAGGCUCACCUACAGGCAAUCAACAUGCAACUUGGACCCUACCCAGAGCAAGACGACCAGAGGACAUCCUUGCCCUGAUGAGUCGUGUUCAAAGAUAUACAUCUCUGUCAACAGAUUCAAGAAGCAUCUAGUAGAGAGUCAUUCAUGGAGUUACGCCGAUGCAGACACACUCAUUGACACAUGUGCCUACAAAGAACGAUCACAGCUUGAAAAGGUGAAAGUUCAAGACCCUUCCCAGAUAGACCAUGAAGACCUUUGCACCGAGCUCCAUGUCACCCAGAGCGAUCAUGUGCAGCUUCAAGAAUCGGCCACUGCACCAUCUGACCCAUCUAUCGUUGAUGGUGAGCUCAGUAUCCUUCAACGAUACCAGCUGUCCCAACCUGAAGGUGAAUCACCUGAAUCUCACAUCGAUGGUGAUAUCUUUGUAGUGAUUGACCUUGAGGGUACAAACAUUGGCAUUUGUGAGAUUGCAGCUGUUUGUCUCCAAUCCUCACGAUCAUUCUCAACUCUUAUCCACCCUGGAAAGGAUUCAAUCACUGCGCUGUCCCUUCUAAAGAGGUUAUUAAUCUCAAGUACGAUUGGCAAACAGUUGGUCCAGUUUUCUUCUGUUGGUUGGAAGCUCUGA